AUGAUUUCAAGAACAUUUUUGAUUUUGGGACUGGCGUAUCUGUGUAGUGGCCAGAUGCAGGAUCAAACACGAGUCCCUGGAGCAAGCGGUUCUGCCGUGGUAGAGGCUGUCAUCAACCUCAUCCAUGAAUCUUGCAUAUUCCCCAACGACAGACUGUAUCUUCGCAGGUUGGCUUACGUCGAGUCCCAGGACGGCACAGCAAACGAUACCUACAGAGUAGGCUACAAUGGUGGAAUAUGGCAGAUUGAUGAGGACCAGUUUAAACAGACACAGUCAGCUGUAAUGUUGGCCACAGCCAGAGCUCUCCUUAGGAACACAUUGACAAUCGAUUGGUCAUCAGCUAAAUGGGAAGACUUAAGAAAACCUCUGUAUUCUGGUGUGGCCGCCGCUCUCUAUACGCUUCUCAAGUCUGGAUCGGGUGUCCUCCCCAGUUCCGUAGAAAAACAGAGUUCUUUCUGGAUUAACACCACAAAACACACUAUUUUCGACGCCAACAAAUACUACAAAGCAGUCAAUGAGUUACAAGGAGGAUGCCGCAGCACCAAUGCUAUUGACUUGGUUUUUGUUGUGGACAGCUCAGCAAGUCUUUCUCCAUCCGAUUUUGAUAUCACAAAGCAAUUUGUAAAGGAUGUAGUCGACCAGUUUGAUAUCGGACCACAGACUGCUCGUGUGGCCGUGGUGGAAUUUAGUACAGCUGUUUCGGCCUCGUUCCUGCUGAACCAAUUCGACACAAAAGAUGCAGUGAAGAAGGCGGUAGAUGGUAUUAUAUACAGCCCAGGCGGUACCAACACUGCUGCCGCCAUUGAUAAAACCGUUAAUGAAGUCUUCGCAACAGUCAACGGUGCACGGAAUGGUGCGGCCAAGGUUAUGAUUUUGAUCACUGAUGGUCGAUCAGAAAAUACGGUAAACACACUGAAUGCUGCUAACAACGCCAGGCUGAGUGGUAUUACCAUAUUUACGCUGGGAGUCACACAGUAUGUCAACAAGAUCGAAUUAGACGGGAUUGCAAGUAGUCCAAGCUGUACUCACUCGCAGAUCUUAAACAGCUACGCUGAUCUAGACAGUCUAAAAACUCAGAUCCAGAGUGUUUCAUGCAAAGCUGCUGCUAUUUUGACUCCAAACAACUACCAGUAUAACUGUGGCAGUGACAUCAACGUACAGAUCCUACCCAACGUUACAGCAGGGACCACUGUCACGGUCACCCCUACUGAUGGUACUGUGUCCGUGUUUGGAUCUCUGACGUCAGCAAAUCCAAGUCCCGUAUUGAAUGAGUUCUACAAAAUUGCCGACAUCAACGCUGGACAGUCGUUUUAUGUCCGUGGUAACCGGUCAGUGGCUUUGGCAGUUAUGUCCACUUAUCCCACAAAGACUUGUGCCGGGAACUUUAACAUCACUGUAGAGGAAGGAAACAACAUCAGACCAUAUAAUAACCUGCUGUGUAUAGAAGCUGGAAGGAUCAUUGUCAACUGCUCGGCUCAAACUCUUUUCGGUAGUCAGUACAUGGUUGUGCCUACUCCAUACUCCCCCAACCCCUGUUCAAGCAGCGGCAUCCAGAUCUUUCCUCAUCCAUUGAGAAACGACCGAUUCCUUUACUGUGAUGGCAAUGGUAAUGUGUUUGAAGUUUUAUGUCCAUUUAUGGAAAUAUUUGACCUACAGGCACAGACGUGCAUACCGGGUAUGCCGAUGACCUUCACCCUUCCCAGAACCACUAUGACCCCUCUGCCAUCAGUUACACCAAGACCUACGAACGCUGUAGUUCAGACUGGCAAUCCGUGUACACCAGAAAAUAUUCUCAAUGGACUCUUUUUCUUUCCCUAUCCUAACGAUGAUCAGGCCUAUAUUGAAUGUUAUAACCUUCCAUACGUAGCUGUGGUGAAGUUCUGCGAACCUCAUCACUUCUGGGACCAGGCCACUCUAACCUGCCUCUACAGAGAGGUAGUUGUUGACCCAACAAAGGGCGCAUUUGGAUCUAACAGUAAGCCUUGUGGAACCGUUCCUGACCUUUUCUUCUAUCCUCACCCCAGCGAUCCCCAGAAGUAUAUUCACUGUGACCAGUACGGAGAUGCUUUCGAGAAAAUUUGCAAACCAUACUUCAUUUGGCGCCAAGACAUCCUCAACUGCGUGCCAAGGGGCCUUUUCGUCAUGAGCACUGUUCCCGUCCCAGUAGUAGGCAAAAAAUAA